GGCUAGGCUGUAUAAUGUGUAUGGUCUAUUGUAAUUCGCUAAUCCAUAAAUUAUCUGUGCAUAUUUCUCUCGCUAUUGCAGCUGGGGAAAUACAUAAUCGAUCCUGGCGUCCAAAGGAUAAUCAUCCAGAUUGAUUUAGCUGCAGUACUUUCGUACUGUAACGACUUGGCGCGAAAAAGGACUGCUGGAGGAGACAAAAAUGAUGCAUCAGCAAUCCAUGAUGGUUGGAGAUAUGAUACCGGUUCAUUCUGAGAUACCCGUGCAUGUUGAGGAGAUGAAUAACGUGAACUACGAGAAUAACGCUUCCUAUGCAUACGACGAUCUUUUCCCGGCUCUGCCACACUCGCAGCCGCCCGUCCAACGCAGCAUACAACAAGCUACUAACAAACUUCGCGUUGGAUCGUCGCUGCACACCCAGGUGUUUCAUGUGCCAUAUGAAGAGAGGAAAUUAGAUAACGCCAACACGUUCGGCGAGGGUGAAUCUCUAAGAACCUGCCAAUCCAUUACUAAGGAUACCGGAGCGCACAUUGAAAUAUCUACCAGCAAAGAUGGCAGCUUGACUUUCUUGAUUACUGGAAAACAUAGCGCAGUGCUUGACGCGAGGCGUCUUAUCCUGACUCAUUUCCAGCAACAGGCUAGCAAGCAAAUCAACAUCCCGAAAGAACACCACCGUUGGAUAUUGGGCAAACAAGGGCAGAAAUUGAAGGAGUUGGAAAAAGUGACAGCUACGAAGAUCAGUGUACCUGGCAUUGCUGAUAAUAGUGAGACUCUCACCAUUACUGGCACUAAGGAAGGCAUAGAAAAGGCAGAACAUGAGAUCCGAGUGUGCUCUGAGGAACAGUCACGUAAAGCUUUGGAGCGUAUCAAGAUCCCGAAGAUCUACCACCCGUUCAUUCAGGGCCCGUACGGAGAACGCUCGGCGGCACUUACCGCCGAGACCGGAGCGCGCAUCCAUAUCCCGCCUGCGUCGACCCAGAGCGAUGAAAUCGUCAUUGCUGGCGAGAAAACUGGUGUUCUUGCUGCCAAAGCACAAAUUGAGCAAAUCUAUGAGGAAAUGGUAAAAAAAUGUUCAACUGUUCGUGUCGAGGUUCCUAAAUCUCAGCACAAGUACGUUAUUGGAGCUCGUGGAACAACUAUUCAGGAGAUUCUGAAAGAGACUGAAGUCUCAGUCGAAAUGCCUCCUCCCGACUCGCCCACCGGAACCAUUACCCUUCAUGGACCACACAAUAAAAUUGGCUUGGCUCUCUCCAAAGUAUGCGAAAAAGCAAACUCUGUGAAAACUGCAACUGUGGAUGCGCCAACAUGGAUACACAAAUACAUCAUCGGAAAGGACGGCAUUAAUAUAAAGAAAAUAACUCAGGACUUCUCUAAGGUUCACGUUGAUAUAACUCACUCUGAAGACAAGGUGAAGAUUGAUGGCCCCCCUGAGGAAGUGGAGCGCGCUCAAGUGGAACUCGAUGACUUUGUGAAGAACUUGCUUGCUACUCUUACUUAUGUUGAGCUGUCCGUUGAUCCCAAAUUCUUCAAGCACAUUAUUGGAAAGAACGGAACUAACAUUAAUAGACUGAAGGGUGAGACUGGGGUAGUUAUAAACAUUAUUGAAAGUGAAGGUAAUAAUAUUAUCCGCAUUGAAGGCAGCCAUCAAGGUGUGGCUGAUGCUGAAAGAGAAUUAAGAGAAAUGGUUAUGAAACUAGAAAACGAACGGACAAAGGAAGUAUAUGUUGACCACAGAUAUAUUAAAUCUUUAAUUGGAGUGAGAGGAGAAAAAAUAAAGGAACUUCGAGAGAAAUUUGAACGUGUGUUAAUUUCUCUUCCUGAUCAAGGACAAAAGAGGAGCCCUAUUAAGCUAAGAGGUCCCCAAGAAGAUAUUGAAAAAUGUGAAAAGUACCUACACAAGAUUAUAAAAGAAAUAGCCGAGUCGUCCUACGUCCAGGAAGUGCCCAUUUUCAAACAAUUCCACAAAUUCAUUAUUGGUAAAGGUGGUGCCAAUUUAAGAAAAAUUCGAGAUGAAACUCAAACUGUGAUCGAUCUUCCAGCAGAAGGUGAUGAAAGCGAUGUUAUUACUGUGAGAGGCAAGCGCGAAAAUGUCGAGGAAGCUGUUAAAAGGAUUCAGCAAAUCCACAACGAAAAAGCGAAUGUAGUAACUGAGGAGGUCACUAUUGCUCCUAAAUACUACAACUCGUUAAUUGGCGCUGGUGGUAAACUUAUUCAUUCCAUUAUGGAAGAGUGCGGUGGAGUACUGAUUAAAUUCCCACCUGCGGAAAGUGACAGCGAUAAGGUUGUUAUUAAAGGGCCCAUCGAAGAUGUCGAAAAGGCCAAGCAACAACUGCUAGCGCAUGCUUCGGAACGCGAACUGACCUCCCAUACUGCUCACGUUCGUGCCAAACCCGAGCACCACAAAUUCCUGAUAGGUAAAAGUGGGGCUAACAUUAAAAAAAUCCGUGAACAGACUGGCGCUCGCAUCAUCUUCCCGACUGAGAAAGACGAAGAUAAGGAAGCCAUAUUUAUCAUUGGUCGCGAGGAGCAAGUGGAGGCUGCCCGCAAGCAGCUGGAGGCGGCGGUGGCCGAGAUCAGCAACGUGUCGGAGGGAGAGAUGGCCGUGGCGCCGCGACACCACCGACACUUCGUGGCGCGGCGCGGCGAGGUGCUGCGCCGCAUCGCCGACGACUGCGGCGGCGUGCUCAUCUCCUUCCCGCGCCAGGGAGUCAACAGCGACCGCGUCGUACUCAAGGGACCCAAGGAUUGCAUUGAAGCCGCUAAAAUUCGCAUCAACGAAAUCAUCGAGGAUCUGGAAGCGAAGGUGACGAUAGAAUGCGUGAUACCUCAAAGGCACCAUCGCACGGUAAUGGGUGCUCGUGGUACUAAGGUAAAAGAUAUCACAGCUGAAUUCGACGUCCAAAUUAAGUUCCCCGACCGUGACACGACCGAAGGCGCCGAUGUUCCAGUGAAAGAAAACAACGAGAACGCUGAACCGGGACCCAACGACAUUAUUAGAAUCACUGGUCGCCCAGAAAAUUGCGAAGCAGCUAAAAAAGCUUUACUUGAACAGGUGCCAAUAACAAUUGAUGUCGAAGUUCGGAAUGAAUUGCACAAACUGCUCUCUGGUCAGAAGAGGAGGGAGUUGAUGCAGAAAUAUGAUGUGCAUAUUCUACUUCCGCUCAAUGAUGACCCCAGUGACAUAGUGAAGGUGACAGGCACCCCUACAAAUGUUGAAAAAGCCAAACUUGCUCUUGCAGACAAAAUUGUUGAUAUGGAAAAAGAGAAUGAAGACAGAAUUCUCAGGUCAUUUGCACUGAAAUUCAAAGUGGAUCCUGAAUAUCAUCCUCUAGUUAUUGGUAAGGGUGGUUCUGUUAUCACAAAGAUCCGCACAGACUAUGGGGUACAAAUAAACUUGCCAAAACGUGGUGAGCCUGAUGACGACAUCAUCACAAUUCAGGGUUACGAAGACAAAGCUUUACAAGCCAAGGAAGCUAUUAUGGCUAUUGUGCAUCAGCUGGACAACCAAUGUCGAGAGGAGGUCGAAAUUGAUCCGCGAGUUCAUAGGAGGCUAAUUGGUCUCAGAGGUAAAAACAUUAGACGCAUUAUGGAUGAAUACAAGGUCGACAUACGAUUCCCGAAACAAGGCGAUGACAGCAUCGUCGUUAUUACCGGUGACGAAGAUAACGUGCUCGAUGCGAAAGACCAUCUCCUAAACUUGGCCGAAGAAUACAUGCAGGACGUCGUCGACCGCUACACACGACCUGCUGCGCCUUCACUGGGUGACUUCGGCGACGUGCUGGGCACGGACCGAGAGCCCACAAACAACGCGGCCUCCGCCGCCGCAGUGGCUUCCGCUGCUCCCGGCGCUACGGGCUUCGUGGUGAAGGGCGGCCCGUGGGAGCAGCGCGCGCCGGACACGGCGUCCACGCAGGAGUUCCCCACCAUGCCGGGCGGCCCGCGCGUGCCCGCGCCCGCCGCGCCCGUGCCCACGGCGGCCUGGGGCCCGCGCCGCUAGUAGCGCGAGCGCGACACCUCGUUCUAUGUACUCGCAUGCGUGCAUACCAUAUAAGCCUAUAGUGUAUAGUGAAGUGCGCCGCGUUUUACUUGUAUCGGCUGUUUCGUCGUAAUGCAACGACGAUUCCGCCUUCUUGGAUCGUAUUGCUGUCGCUUCGCGGCAGUCGCUAAUCAUAUUUGUAAUCCUGAUAUCUAUAAAUGAAAUUCGAGUUUCCACUCUGAAACAAUAUGUAUUUGUGAUUUAUCAGAUGAAUUUUACACUAUUUAAGGUGUUCUGCCUGUAUUGGAGGUUGAGCCAAACGAUUUAUUUACACUAAUAUAAACAUGAUAUAGGUAAAGUUUGUAAGUAUGUAUGUAAUGGAUAAUCUCUGGCGCUACGAUACCAACUCCAGAAAUUAUUUUGCUGAUUGAAAGCUAUAUUUUUCAUGUUACGAGAUGGACGACGCUGUGGGCAGAUAAGCUAUUGAUAUAUAUAUAAGUAUUCGGUUACGCCAUUUCGUUAUUUUUAUUAAUUAUUAUUAUGUAUCUAUGAGUAUAAAUGCCAUUCUAAUAAGUUGUUAUUUACUUUGAUAUUUAUAAUAAAAUACAUAUCCAUGUAUUUUUUAUUUUAUGCAUCUUUUUAGCAUGCAUAAUAAACUGAUUCCGUGUACUUAUUUAAAAUUAUAAUGAAAUUUCUAUUUUUCAUACAUAAUAGUUUUCGUGUUUUUUUUUAUCAUGUUUAUAAUGUUGCCUAUAAAAAUAAUGAAUCAAUAAAUGAUAAGACAAGAAUGAAUAUUUUUACAAAGUAAUGUGUACAUAGUAAAUUGUGUUUGAAAAUAUUAAUAAAAUCUUUUACAUGAAUACAA